UUGGGAUCCGCAGGAAACUGCCCUGCCCUCUCUCUCGUUCUUUCCUUCCUUCCUUCUCCCUUUCCCUUUCUCCACUCUUCAGUCUCCCAGAGAAAGCGAACGAUACUUACUUUUACUGCAGCGUGCUCGAAAAGCCAACGGCCCAUUUAGGCAAAAGGCGCGCAAAGCCGAGCGAGCGACUCUCUGAUUCCUCACCCCCUUCCUUCGUCGCUGUCAGCUUUUCUUUCCCAGUUCAGUUCCAAACCCGCUCAAUCGCUACUCUUAUGUUUGUGUAUUUGAGUUGCAUGUGGUGGAUUUUCCAUGGAAACAGAGGUCGGAGUUGAGGGGAAUGGAGGAAGGAUGCUUCUUGAGGACGGCGAAGUCGAGAAAAUGUGCUCUCCUUCGGCCCCAUCUCAGCAGAUUCCGAAUCCCAUUGUGUACAAGCUUGUCAGGGUUGAAGGAGAUGGGAGAUUAGUACCAGCAACAGAUGAUGAAGUUAUGGAUGUAGCUGAGUUGUUUCUGGAUGACAACAUUGACACAGAUUUCAUAGACACUGAGCAGAGUUUAGGAUGCAUCUCUGGUGAUGAAAUACAUCAACUAGAAAGCUUGGGAGGUUUUUUGCAAGCUGAUAAACUGGAUGUUGUUCCAGAAAUAAUGAAUGCACAGCUUCAGGAACCUUUCUCUGAGUUGGCUCCAGAUUUUUGUGAAAGUCUCAUGACUGAAUGUGGGAGUGCAGGGGAUUGUCCAGAUGCUCUGGUUAAGUUGAGUGAGGAUGGACCGUCAAGUCCUGUUGCUUCUUCCAUACCUGACUUCUCCAAGAUAAAGGGAGAAAUAUGCUUGGACAAUUUAUCUAUCAGAGAACUUCAUGAUACUUUUAAGGCAACUUUUGGGAGAGAAACUUCUGUCAAGGAUAAGCAGUGGCUUAAGAGAAGGAUUGCCAUGGGUUUGACUAAUUCUUGUGAUGUUGCUUCAGCAUCUAGUUUCACAAUUAGAGAUAACAAGUUGGUCGACAACAAUGUAAGUUGCCAGAAUGUGGGUGCGGUUAUCAGAAGUGAUCAACCACAUGAAGCAAGCAGUGGUGAAGACAGACAAUUACAGAUUAUACAAAGUAGUGAACAUAUUGAUCAACCAGUAUUUUGUGACAAAAGGUGGAGGGACAGUGGCACAUCUGAAAACCCAAGAGAGACAUAUGAUAACACAGAGGAGAGGGCUGCUAAACGAGUUCGGAAGCCCACGAAAAGAUAUAUCGAGGAACUUUCGGAGACGGAAUCCAAGGAAGCCAUUGGUAGACUACUAGCUGUGUCUCCAAGUUCCAGACCUGGUCAACCAUCCCCAAACAGUCACACGAGGCUUGCGAGAAAUGAUUCUUUGGGCAGUAGGACUGUGGUUAUAAGGUCGGAUUCCCUUGGAGGUUGUGAGAUUCAGAUUCCAUGUGUUUGUCGAGUUCGCAGGAGCCGACCAAGGAAAAACUUCUCGACCCUUCUGAGAUUUAAUGGCCUUGAUGUGAUAACAACUGUGGUAAAGAAGACCUUCGAAGUAGACGAUGCUCCACCAGAUGACGAGAAUGCAAACAUUGUAACAAAAGCCGAAUCAACCCCUGAACAGUCUCAACCGCUGCUUGUAGAUGUACCAUAUAAAGAGAACCAGUUGACCGUGGUUGGAACAGCGGUUGGUGUGGAGCCAAAACACGGAGAUUCUUCUGGGGAUUCAGAUGAUAACAUAGCCACUGUGCCCACCACUAAAGGUGGAUUCCGAAGGAAGCAUCAUCGAGCAUGGACUCUUUCAGAGGUUAUCAAGCUUGUAGAAGGUGUUUCAAAGUUUGGAGCUGGGAGGUGGUCCGAGAUCAAACGCCUCUCGUUUGCAUCGUAUUCAUACCGCACCUCAGUUGAUCUCAAAGAUAAAUGGAGAAAUCUUCUCAAGGCUAGCUUUGCACCGCCAGAUAAAGGAGUAGGCCCAAGGAAGAAUGCAGCCACGACACCCAUCCCUCCAACGAUACUGUUGAGAGUGAGGGAGCUGGCCGAGAUGCAGUCACUUGUCCGACCAGGCAGCAAAGUGGUUGGAAGUGUCCCGGGUGACAAUGGUCUCGAACGGCAACCCGGGUACCUGUGACCAAACUGUAAACCAGUAGCUAGUAGGAUUCUUAACCUUAGCACUGCAUAAAUAAGCUGCGGAAAUAUGUAGUUUGUUUGGUCUUUGUUCUUGCUUGGGGAAUGAAUCCCAACUUUUUGCACCAUGUUUUGUCAAGAUGAAGCUUGUUGGCGGGUGUAUUAUAUCCAAGUUGAGCUGAAAUAGCCGACGACUGACUAGGUAAGAGAAGAUAUGAAGGCAGAGAUACGAUUAUAUAUCAUAUGAUCCCAAAUUAGAUAUGGAUAAUUUUUUCCACCUGAGGGGGUUGAGAGCUAAGAGCAAGUUUCUUGAAUCAGCCCUUGUAGGCUGUAGCAGUAUUAUUUUGAACCCAUUUCCAAAUUACGAGCAAAUCAUUAGUCUUUCA